AUGACUCAUGAGUUCCGUAUUUACAUAGAUGCUGCGUCGGGAGGUUCUCUCUUGACAAAGAACCCCACUGAAGCUAGGGAGCUCAUAGAGAAGAUGGCGGCCAAUGAUAACUAUCAUCCUGGAGGCCGAAACAUUGUGAAUAGGGAGGCACUAACAAGCAGGUUUAGUAAGUUCCAAGCAGGAACUUCUAACACCCCACAGGAGUUGUGUCAGUUAUGUAAUGUGCAGGGUCAUGUUGCUCUAGAUUGCCCACAGAUUUCGCAGAAUACAGAAGAGAUGUCAAUCGAGCAAGCUAAUGCUUUCUACUCCUCUAACCCAAAGAGGCCUUAUGACCCUUAUUCCAACACCUACAAUGAAGGAUGGAAACACCAUCCUAACUUCUCAUACAAAAAUUCCCAAGCACAACAAAACCCUCCACCACCACCUCCACCCAACACCUACAACCAACCACCACCUGGUUUCCAACAGAAAACACCCAAUGCCCACCAACCAAUGCAACAACAACCUCAGAAAUCAAGCCUAGAGGUGACAUUAGAGAGCUUUAUAACCGCAACAAACAGUGCCAUCCAACAUCAAAAUAGCUCUAUCCAACAGUUGCAGGCUCAGGGUAAACUUAUGGAGAAUCAGAUAAACCAAUUGGCCAACCAAUUUAGCCAAGCCCUAAAGACUCCAGGAACCUUCCCGGGCCAGACUAAACAAUCUCAAAAAGGCCAAAUGAAUGUCGUCACCCUGAGGAGUGGAAAGCAGUUGGAAGAUCCUCCUACCAAGGAGCCAUCAAGAGAGGUCAUUAAAGAAGUGGGUGCAAGUGAGAAGGAAGUAAAGGAUGCUAGGGUCGAGGAAGCAUCAAAGGAAGCACCACCAAAGCCACCUGCUCCAUAUAUGCCUAAGGUUCCUUUUCCUCAAAGAUUAGCACAAGCUAAACUUGAGAAAAAGUUCAGUAAGUUUCUCGAUGUUCUUAAAAAGCUUCAUAUUAAUAUUCCAUUCCUAGAUGUCAUAUCUGAGAUGCCUUCUUAUGCAUAA